AUGGCGACCCAAGACACACGAGCUAUUUUGUUUACACAUACCUAUCCUCAACAGGGUUUCCGAUUACUGGAACUUUCACCAGAACUGGACGCUCUGCUCUCUUCUAAGGAUGCACCAGUAUUGGAACUCAAGUCACCCUCCAGUGCCCUCGCAAAGGCGGUUCCCGAUGCCAGUGGACAGGAAUACGUGAAUCUCUGCACCCCAACGAAAACCUACCGAAUUCGGCAAGUCCAGUCAUCUAACUCCAUACACCUCUUACGACCAAGUGCUGGGCGAAUCUCGCGAGCUGAUAUCAAGGUCGUGGAAGAGGAGGCUGGAGAAAGCGGGGCGUUGAAUCUUCCCGAUGAUGCUGUGAGCGCUAUUGCGAAGUGCGGAUCAACCCUAGAGCUACAUACCCCAUCGGAUGGAUUCUCGGCUGUGUCGUUCUUGGAGAAAAGUCUUCGAUUGUAUGACCGGCGAGCCGGGGAUGUGGACGAGGAUGUUAUGAUGGAGGAGUCUGGUGGGAUGGGAGAUGUGGGUUCCGCUGAGGUGCAGAAGGUUAGAGAGCAAAUAUGUGCGGAUGUGCCUGUCUCCGCGGAACAGUGCGAGCAGGGAUGGGUUGAGAUCUGUGCGUUUGUGGAUGCGAAGAGCGGGUUGACGGGCUGGAGACCCUCGGCACGCAUGCGUUUGAAUGCGUGGAAGCGUAUGCUGGAGGGGGCGAUUCUUCAAGGAAUUGACCUGGAGAAGCAGUUUCUCGUUGAAGACUUGUGGAAGUCGGUUCUGGAUGAUGAUGAGUCGGAACCUUUUCCACGGGGCCUUCUUGAGGCAGUAGUCAGGAAGCUGUGUACUACUGAUGAGCGACCAGCACUGGCAGAUGCGAUCAAAUGGGCAAACUUAGAAAAGGUUGAGUGUUCGAGCUGGGUAGGUGAGACCUAUCUAGCAGCCACGGCGCCUACAGCGUCUUCAGCUAUUGGACGGAGCGAAUUCCUUCAAGCAUGGAAAGAUUGUCUACCUGAGUCGUGGAGAGGCGAGGCAUCGUUAUCGAAGCUACAAAAUGGAAUCUACCAAAGCCCUGAUCCUACAACGAUCUUCUUUGUGGAACCUUCACAGCGCCAACAGGUCGCUAAAGCGGCUGCGGGCUCUGCUGCUGCGACAAAAGCCAAACCCACGCGGAAUUGGCAUGAAUUGCUAAAAACUCAAAAGCGCCAUUGA